CUGCUGCAGUUGCAUUGGUGCGCGGGAUGUCCGUCAUCACCACCACCUCCAGGAGUGCCAGGGAUUGAUUUGGAGUAUAUGCUGGCGGAAGGGCUACUGAACAACCGGCUGGACGACCGCAUCACCCUGACCCGACUGGCCCCCGCGCCCAGUGUGGCGGACAGCGUGGUGUACCGGCCACGACUGGGGGACAACGUGACCUUUAGCUGCAGCGUCCCCGCCGGCGUCGACCCGCACCAUGUGUCCUGGCUGCACCAGGACCAGCUGGUCUUCCAAGCCGGACAACCGGUGCCGCUGCCGGAAGACGACACCACGGGGCAGACCUACGCCUUCGCCCGCGACAACCACACCCUCUUCUUCACCGUCCUCAACGUCACCCUGCGCUCCGGGGGAUCCGUGCACUGCGUCGCCGUCCCCUCCGCGCCCGUGUACACGCCGCAUCGCCGCGUCCUGCAGCGGUACAUGCUGCUGCCGCUUGUCACGCGCCGCAGCGACGUCUUCGCCAACGAACCUCCCUACCUGACUGCGACCGAGGGCGAGUGCCUUAUCGUGUCGUGUAGUAUCCGGCUGCCGCUGCCGGACGGCAUCUUUCGCAACAUGGCCAACCACUUUAUGUGGCGCUAUCACGGCCGCAUCACCAAGGGCCCCGCGGAGGCGCCGUACGGAGCGCUGAUGCCCCCCGGCGAUCUCGGAAAGGUCAGUCGUCCGCCGAACCCCGAUUUCAACAGCACCAACAGUCCGGGACAACUGAUGCGCUAUGGCUACCGCCUGCGGGAGAUUACAGCGGCCGACGCCGGCCAAGUGCAGUGCUGGUUCCGCCCGCACCGGGAGAUACAUGAGUGGGUCUUCCAGACGACGACGCUGGUGGUGUUCGCCAAGAAUAGCACGCAGUAAAGCGAUACUGAUCCAGUAUAGAAUCGACUGCAAGCAUUUGCAUGUCGUUGUAUAGCCGAUUAGCUGUUUACAUGUUCGAGUAACCGCUUAAAUGUACGAGUAAUAAAACGCUUUGCAGUGACCUUUCCUGUUUAAUUGUUCUUCGGCUUUGUUGAUUUCGUGAUGGCGAAAAUAAUCAGCAUUUGCGCCCGCUUAUUUGUGAAUUAAUUAC